AACACAGUUCUUCACAGUUCAUACAGAGAGGAGAGAAAGGGGGAAACAAUACGUCCGAGAAACAACAAUCAGAGGACGUAUUGAAGCAUCAGUAACAUGGACAAGGUGGAUUUAUUUCCUCGACCACAGCUGUUUGAUUUCCAUGGAGUCUCAAUGACUCACUAUUUCACAGACAACUGGGAGAACAUUCAGAACUUCCAGGCCAGGCCAGAUGACAUACUUAUUGCAACAUACCCCAAAGCAGGAACCACCUGGGUCUCCUACAUCCUUGACCUGCUGUAUUUUGAUCAGACAUCUCCAGACCGUCAGACGUCCAUCCCUAUUUAUUCAAGAGUGCCUCUCUUGGAGGCCGCCGUCCCUUCUCUGAAGUCAGGGCCUUCUCCUCGACGCAUACACAAAGGAACAGACCUUGUGGACAAUAGCCUCACGUCUCCUCGACUCAUUAGGACUCAUCUUCCAGUCCAGUUUCUCCCAAAGUCUUUUUUGGAGCAAAACUGCAGGAUAGUCUACGUGGCCCGCAACGGGAAGGACAGCGUGGUGUCUUAUUUCCACUUUGAACGCAUGACAAUGAUCCAGCCAGAGCCUGGUGACUGGAGCAGCUACCUCCAGAGAUUCAUGGAGGGAAAGAUGGUGUUUGGAUCCUGGUAUGACCAUGUGAGCGGUUGGUGGGAGAAGAAACAGACUUAUUCAAACCUCCAUUACAUUUUCUACGAAGAUCUGCUUGAAGAUACUGGACGGGAAAUAAACAAACUCUGCUGCUUUCUUGGUUUGAAUGCUUCAGCAGAGGAGAUUGAUAGACUUGCAGGCAAAGUGCAAUUUGAUAAUAUGAAACAGGACAAAAUGGUUAACCAUUCAACAUUUCAAGGGAUGGAUUUCAGAAUUUCUUCCUUCAUAAGGAAAGGGAAGGUUGGUGACUGGAGAAACCAUUUCACCGUGGCCCAGAGUGAAGAGUUUGAUGAAGACUACAAGAAGAAGAUGAAGAAUCCCACACUUAAGUUUCGUACUGAAAUUUAGAGGCCCUAAUCUGUCACUUUUCAGUCCUUAACUGAUCACAGGACUGAUCACAUAUCACAUAUCAGGGCUUAACUGAUAUGUGAUAAAAUAGAUAAUAAUGUUGAUGUUACUGAGUCAAGUGUUCAAUUUCUCUCUUAUAGCAGCUGAUUAUAUUCAAUCAAUUGUUCAGAGUGAUGGCUUUCAGUCCUCAAUGUCAAAUUAAUAUCCAUCUUAACCAUUCCACUACCAAAAGCAGCAGACUGAGCACACUGAUUAAAAUCGAAAUACAGUUAGAAAUGAUGAUUGUAUCUUCACUUAUAUAUAUUUACACACUCUUUUUCAAGAUUUUAGGGGGAAAUGAACUCCAGCAGGACUGAAUAUUUUAUGUUAUGCUUCUGGUAACUCUGUGUUAGAUUAUUUUGGUAAUGCUUUAAAUUAUGGCUCACAACUGCAGCAUAAUUUUGUCCAAUUUACACAGUUAAUUUGUCUACUAACUGUGUAACAGUAGACAACGUACUUAUACAUACCUGUAGGUACAAGGGAACGAAAUGUGAAUUUAAGGAAACAUGGUGGUAACAAACUGGCAAAAAAAUUAUACUGUAGAUAUUCUUUUACUAUCGGGUACUUAUUGUAAUACUGUGGUGUAUAUGAGUGUUGUCACCCUUGAGAGCCAUUUCAUAAUCAAGCUUCCACCACUGAUGUUUGCUGGUGAAGUGAGUGGCAACUGAAACUGUCUUCCAUGUAGCUGUUGAGAGAUGCUACAGAGGUGUCUUGUAUAGAUAUUGGAAGUUGAAAUUUGUUGGAGUCAGUUUCCGGUUUGAAGUGAUGAGCUGAGUUUUUAAAGUUAUGAAAUGACCCCAAACUCAUCAUACCAUAUUAAUUUUGAUACUUUGC